UUUGCAUGAUGGAUUUUUGGUCCACGUCAUAAGGAGGCCUCUUCAGUCUUCACUGCCAUGCGGUAACCUUUCUACCAAUGAAGAUGGGCUAGGAAUACUCGUGCGAGGACCGACCCAGAAGUCUCCAUCGGUCCAUCCAAAGGUUCUGCCGGUGCCCCAGACCGAACCGAAAAUUACCCCUUUCAUUUGGUAAUACCAUCCCCAGUGCCCGCAAGCAAACAUCACCCACGCGCCAAGUCAUUAUCAGACUCUGUCUUCCAGCUUGUCCAAUUUAUAUCCCCUUCUCUUCUGCGUUGGCUUUAUAUCGCUCCAAGCCCGCCUCUAUCAGACGUGAUACCAGUUUCAGCCGGAUGUUCGGAUGUCCGAUCAUCAAUUGCCCGAAAAACUCACCGUUGUCAUUGGUGCUUGCAUUCUGUCGAGUGAGAGACGAAUGCCACGAUGGCCACACAGAUGGUACUGGAAAGAUCCGCUUGCGAUCUUUGCCACUCGAGGAAGGUGAAAUGUGACCGGCUGGAUCCCUGCAUGAAUUGCGUUGAUGCGCGGGCAGAAUGUCGGCGCUCCCGGCCCAGGCGCAGUAUGCGUCCAAGGGUUUCCCGAAUCGCCGGACUAUCGGACAGGCUAUCAACCCUUGAGCAAUUCAUUUCCUACCCACCAAGUGUUGUGCAGGCAUCUGCACAAGACCCCGGUCAUCAUUCACGAGACGGGGAUGAUGUGAACGGUUCUAAAAUAGACCCUAACACGUCUUCUCAUCCUCCAAGCUCCAGAUCCCAGACUGGCAGGGCCCCCAAUGUAAAUGUUGCUUUCCAUCGAGCCACCGAGUCUCCAGCCGUGGCUGAGAACAUUCCGAUCCAUCAAGUCUCCGAGGCGCAACGUUUCAUCCAACAGGAGCUGCAGCACAGUGAUCAUUUGUCUCUGAAUAGACGCACUGUGCUUGAGAACGCUUUGUCGUUGGUCAACAAGUUAUCGAGUUCUUCCUUGGAGUCUAGGUUUUUCGGUGGCAACGCCAAGCAUGCAGAAUAUCAGGACGAGUCGGACCUGGAAGAAUUCUCUCUGGAAACAUACCUCAUGAUGUCGUUGAACAUGCCACAUUCGCUCUCUACCGGGAACCACUUCCACUGGCCCGACCAUGUAUCGGUUAAAGGUCUCGAGCAUAUGAGCCUCUCCCUUGCGGAGGGGAAGCUCGAUAGACAGACAUCUCUGCACUAUCGAGUAUGUGUAUACACCAAAGCUUUAUUCUUCCUCGCCCGCGUUCCACAAAGGCUCUUGACCCCAUGGCUUCGCACACACAUCAAAAGGACACAGGAAAAAUAUGCGUUGGCGGCCGUGAAGGUAUUGGAUCAAAUCAACUUUGUCGGAACCUAUUCCAUAUCUCUGGUGCAAGCAUUACUAUCGGGUGCAUUGCUGCAUCAGAUGCAAGGAAACCCAACACGAGGUUGGACACUGACGGCAUUCGCUUCGCAACUUCUUGUCACUAUGAAUUAUCACACCAUCCGAGAGGAUACCCCGGUGCGGAGCCAGGAGGAUGAGGACGCCCGCCAAUGUCUCUUUUCUUGCUUCUAUCUCGAUAAAAUGCUGAGCAUGCUUCUGUUGCGACCCCCUUCAUUACCAAGGUUAAAAAUCAACCCAUCAAUACUGGUACCGCUCGAUGAUGGCGUCCCGCUCGGCAUGAUUGUGAAGACGGUCGUCGAGCUCGCCCAAGUUCAAGAGGCCGCGCUGGAGUUAAUCUGCGGUCGGAAUGGACCUAGUGACCGCAAUAAAGUGGCCACGAAACUGGGCGCAAUAGUCCAGGACCUGGUCUCACUGCGGAGCGUCAUUGACGAGCGAUGUGUCAAUUCCCCACGCCUUUUUCAGGUGGAAUGGAUUGCAACCGAGUUCCGAUACUACGCUAUCCUGGCCACUAUAUUGCACUGCGCCUCUAAGAUACAAGAGCGACCACAAGGUCGGGAAGAGUGUCUGGCAAAUGCCCGACAUGCCCUCGAGGCUUUAGGCCGGUUACAGAAGAUUCUCAAUGACGACGAUACCUUUGUUGAUGCAUACCCGAUGUUCCUAUCAUGGACUGUCCUCUUCUACCCCAUGACACCCUUUUACCUUCUGUUCUGCAAUGUAGUAGGAACAUCCAGUCUGGAAGACUUCCAACUUAUGCGAGACACCACCAAAGGACUGUACCGAUUCAUCGACUCUAACCCAGCGAUCGCCAAACUAUACCACCUAUUUACCACAUUCCUUGCCUUGUGCAGUCCUCUUGUGCAAGGAGAAUCAGAUAGUAUUAGCCCGAUUUAUAUGCCGCCAGAUCUGACAACCGUGCCCGAAUUCCAGCCGAAUGUUGCACUAGAAACAGGCAUACCUCCAGUUGAUACCAGCAUGUUCGACUCAUCUCGUCUGGAUGUGGUCGGGGAUAGUGUCAUAGAUCCGAUGAUUUCGGCAUGGAACAACGCCCAGAUGUGGGAUUUGUAUGAUAUACAGCCGUCGCUUGAAUGGGUGGACUCGGGAAAUCCGAAUGUCAGCCCGGGAGGCUAUCAAUAAAUGCUGCGCUGAUGGAUUCUGUUGGGAUUUAGGGGCUAGACUUGUUUUAUAUCUAUGUACUUUUUCUUCCUUGAGUUUGGUGCAGCGUUGGUUGUGAUGUUAUUGAUUCCCAUAUUCAUUCUCCAGAC